AUGCUGCUGCUCGUGGAGACCGCCGCCGGCUUCGCGCUGUUCAAAGUGCUGAAGGAGAAGAAGCUGAAGGAGGCAGCAGACCUGUGGAAGGAUUUUGAGACGCUUGAAAAAGCCCAGAAGGUGGUUCAGCUGAAGUCGUUCCAGAAGUUCGUCAGCACCACGGAGGCCCUGGCGGCCGCCACGGCCAUCGUGGACAGCAAACUCGGCAAAGGCCUGAAGAAGUUUUUGAAGAAGAAGGCGGGACCGGAUGAGCAACUGCUGAUCGUGGACACGAAACUUGGCAACGUCAUCAAGGAGAAGCUCGGGAUACCAUGCCUAUACAGUCAGAGUGUUCUGGAGCUGACGAGGGGCGUUCGAAAUCAACUUGAAGGACUCAUCAGUGGCUUGUCGAGCUCGAAUCUGCAGCUGGGUCUCAGUCACAGCCUCUCUCGGUACAAGCUGAAGUUCAGUCCUGACAAGGUGGACACAAUGAUAGUGCAGGCCAUCGGGUUGUUGGACGAUUUGGACAAAGAACUUAACACAUAUGCAAUGAGGGUUAGGGAGUGGUAUGGAUGGCACUACCCAGAGAUGGGAAAGAUCGUUACUGACAACAUCCAGUAUGCAAAACUGGUGAAGCAAAUGCGGGUCCGAGAGAAUGCUUCACUUCUUGACAUGUCUGACAUUGUGGAUGAAGAGACAGAACAAGCUGUCAAGCACUCAGCUCAGAUUUCGAUGGGCACAGAAAUCAGUGAGGAAGACAUGAAUAAUAUAUCUGCGCUGUGCGACCAGGUCAUAGACCUCUCUGACUACAGGGGACAAUUGUUCGACUAUUUGAAGAAUCGAAUGAGUGCCAUAGCCCCCAACCUCACUGCACUCGUUGGAGAACUAGUGGGUGCACGGUUGAUAGCCCAUGCUGGCAGUUUGAUGAAUCUUGCGAAGCAUCCAGGUAGCACAAUCCAAAUUUUGGGUGCAGAGAAGGCGCUGUUCAGGGCCCUGAAGACAAAGAGCCAGACGCCCAAGUAUGGCCUCAUUUUCCAUGCAUCGUUGAUAGGCCAGUCAGCCCCCAAGAUAAAGGGGAAGAUAUCGCGGUUGUUGGCCUGCAAGUCUGCACUGGCUGUGAGGUUUGAUGCCUUGGGGGAUGCACCAGACGCAUCGUUUGGAGUUCAUUCACGGCAGCAGGUUGAAGCUCGUCUGCAACAGCUGGAGGCCAGGAUGCUGAAGAAGCUGGGUGUCCAGGCUAAAGUGCAGCAAGGGGUAGCAAAACACGAUCCACUGAGGCAGCCAGGCGCUGGGGGAAUCGCCGUCAAAGCGCAGACAUACGAUGGGGCGGCUGAUGUGGCCAUGGUUAAGAAGGAGGAAGAUGACCUCGAGACUGGAACCAACAAGAAAAAGAGGAAGCAUGACAAGAGUACCACUAAGUUGGGCAGCCCGGAUGCUGGAAUUGAUGAGGGGAAGAAAAAGAAGAAGAAAAACAAAAAGAAAGAAGAGGAAGAAGAAGCGGAAGAUGACAACGAACCUGAGGCUGAGGAGACGCCACAGACAAAGAAGAAGGAUAAGAAAAAACGAAAAGUGUCAGAAGCUUCUGGAGUGGAGGCAUCAGAGGCAGGGACAGGGGAAAAGUCGAAGAAAAAGAAGAAGCAGAAGAAGGGCGAAGCGUGA